AUGACUAAAGAAAUUGUUUUCGUUACAGGUAAUGCUAAUAAAUUGAAGGAAGUGCAAAUGCUGAUGAGCCAAGUGGAUUUGAAACUGACUAACGAAGCAUUGGAUCUAGAAGAAUUGCAAGAGACUAGCCUUGAAACUAUUGCCACUGCCAAAUUGGAACAAGCAGUGAAAUUGCUUGGCAAGGGAACCCCUGUCUUUGUAGAAGACACUGCAUUGACCUUUGACGAAUUCAACGGUUUACCAGGAGCCUACAUCAAAUGGUUUUUGAAAAGUAUGGGAUUAGAAAAGAUUGUCAAGAUGUUAGAACCAUUCGAAAACAAAUCAGCAGAAGCCAUCACUACAAUUGCAUACGCUGACGAACAAGGUGCAUUCCACGUAUUUCAAGGGAUCACAAAGGGUAAGAUUGUAACCAGUCGUGGACCUACAGAUUUCGGCUGGGACUCAAUCUUCGAACCAUUAGAAAGCAACGGUCUAACCUACGCUGAAAUGGAUAAACAAUCGAAGAACCAAAUCUCACAUAGAGGUAAAGCAUUCCAAAAAUUCAGUAGUUUCUUAAUGGAAAACAAUUAG